AAAAAAAAAUCUAUCAAUCCUUGGGUGGAGUUUUUUUUCCAUUCUCCACAAGGCAACUAUUUGCCCGGGACACGUACGUGAACCUCCUCAAUUUGGCGCACUAAUCCUAAAAGGAGCCAUGAAGUGUUAAAUGGUAGAAACAGAGAGAGCGGCGCUCAGACACCCGCACGCUGGGAGAGAGGGAGGAAACAGCGCUGCUCCAAUGCGUCUGUGCAACACAGACUGAAGAAAAAAAAAAACUUAUCGACUCGCAAAACCAAAACCUGCGCUGCGCAAUUAGUGCGAGAAAACACACUUUUCCUCCGGUUUUGAAGAAAAUAAAUAAAGAAAUCAAGCUGGCUCAGUGCGUGUCUCAGCAGCCUACUUUGACAGGUGCUCCUCACCCCCUUUGGAGGACUGUCAACAGCAAGAGGAUGGCAUCAGAGCUGGCAAUGAGCAACUCCGACCUGCCCACCAGUCCCCUGGCCAUGGAAUAUGUUAAUGACUUCGAUCUGAUGAAGUUUGAAGUGAAAAAGGAGCCGGUGGAGCCCGAUCGCAGCAUCAGCCAGUGCAGCCGCCUGGUCGCCGGGGGAUCCCUUUCUUCCACCCCGAUGAGCACGCCUUGCAGCUCGGUUCCCCCCUCUCCAAGCUUCUCGGCGCCCAGUCCGGGAUCAGGGAGCGAACAGAAGGCGCACUUGGAGGAUUUCUACUGGAUGACCGGGUACCAACAGCAGUUGAACCCCGAGGCUCUGGGCUUUAGCCCGGAGGACGCCGUAGAGGCACUGAUCAGCAGCAGUCACCAGCUCCAGACCUUCGAUGGCUAUGCCAGAGGGCAGCAGUUCGGCGGCGCAGCCGGGGCAGGAGGCGCCAUGGCCGGGGAGGAGAUGGGAUCAGCGGCCGCCGUGGUGUCCGCGGUUAUCGCCGCAGCGGCGGCUCAGAACGGGGCUCCCCACCACCACCACCACCAUCACCACCACCACCACACAGGGGCACAUCACCCCUCAUCUGGGACUCAGCCCGGCGGCGGCGCCGGGGGAAACCACCAGCACCUGCGCUUGGAGGAUCGGUUUUCGGACGAGCAGCUGGUGACCAUGUCAGUGCGGGAAUUGAACCGGCAGCUCCGCGGGGUCAGCAAGGAAGAAGUGAUUCGUCUGAAACAGAAGAGGAGGACGCUAAAGAACAGAGGCUAUGCCCAGUCCUGCCGAUACAAGAGGGUCCAGCAGCGGCACGUCCUGGAGGGAGAGAAGACGCAGCUGAUGCAGCAGGUGGACCACCUCAAGCAGGAGAUCUCCCGGCUGGCCAGGGAGAGGGACGCCUACAAGGAGAAAUACGAGAAGCUCAUCAGCACCGGCUUCAGAGAAAACGGAGGAUCCAGCAGCGACAACAACCCCUCAUCCCCGGAGUUUUUCAUGACGUCAAGAAAAUUCCUGCACCUGUGAUAGAGAGCUGUGACCUCUCCGUCCCGCCCCCCUGGAGUCUGAGAUAUCGUGACACCGGAAUGCUGAUGUUUCAAGAACAACCUACGGCACCCAGACUGCCAUAAAGCACAAAGUCUCAAAAGCGUCCCAACAGCAGCUUCAGGGCAACAAAUCCACAGCAAGCCCAAAGUCAGACUUAAAUAUUAAAACAAGGAUAGAAAAAACAGAAGACUGACGUUCUUCUGGUCAAACAACAAGCGAAGAAACACAGAAAUUAAAGAUAAUGAACUCUGGAAAUAAGAUUCUCUACCAUCUGAGCUUGUUAAUUAAAUGGACAAAUCUACCCACUAAUACCUCCAAACUAAAAUUUACAUUUAUCAAAGUAUAGAUUAUUAACACGUAGGUUGAGUUAAAUAGCAAAUAAAAAAUGAUGUCCACACCCCUUUAGCACAUGGCCAGAAUCAGGAUUUUGUAAAUAUUGUACAGAGAAGGAAUAGGGUCAUUGUUAAGAGAUAAAAUAUUGCAGAAUAAUGUAUAUAGACAUAAGAGUCAUACCUCUAGUGUGUUUAUAUAUCCAUGAGUGUCACAUGUCCAUAACUCCUUAUUUCUUCGGUGCCCAAAAAGAUUUUGCACAAUGAGUAUCCAACGCUCUCUGUAUCUCAAUAGGAAACAUCAACAUCUAUGUAGAACUAGACAAAAGGUUAAUGAAUAUACAGACAUUAAUUGGGAAGACAGAUAUUUGCCAUAUAGUGCACUAUUACGGAAAGCAGAUGUGUAUUAGCAAGACAAAUCAUUUGCUUUUUUGAACAUUGCUGUUCUGAAAAAGGGAAGAAUUAAGAAACGGAGAGUUACAGAAAGCUGCAGAGACAGUAAAAAAACUAGACAAUAGGAGAUCCCUGAAUUUGUCCCAGAUCUUCGCCCAUUUUGUCCCCUCACCUCCCAUUGUAAACUACCACAGCAGUGCUAAACAUAACUCAGACUUUGAUUUAUUCAAUAGAAUGUACAUGAAAAUAUAUGUAGUGUGUUUUACAUAUCCAGAUGGACUUCAUGGUUUGGCAGCUCUCUUGUAUAGUGCAGAAUACCUUUUACCCUUUAGUUCAUACCGAACCGGACAUCACCAUAAUCCAGCAUCUUCCUCUUUGAUUCCUGUUUGGCAAGUCCCCCUCCUCCUUGCCGCCCCCUUUGUCCAUCAGAGGGCCUGUAUGCCUGCUGAUCUCUCUGCAACCAAGCGCUCGCUCAGCUCCCACAGACUUGCGGCGCUGCUGUGGUCCUGGGCCUGAUUGGACGGCAGGCAGCGGAAGCAGUUAUUGAAGUACAUGCCGCCCAAGCCCUCCAGCUCCGGAGCGACAGCACAGUACACCGAUGUGGCUGCCCCCUGUUGCUGUGGACAGAGAAACACACAGAAUGAGACGUUAGUUCAGAGGGCAAAUACUGAGAGUAAAGACAACGAGAGUGCGGACGCCUGCAGAAGGAGACAAAAUAUGAAGAACUCAUCUACUGACACACAGACACUAGGACAUCCUGUCCUGUCCAGAGGAAAGGAGAGAGGACGAUCAGCGAACACCACAUCGCUACGUCCUCUGUGAGACACACACACAUGCACUCAUCCACACACAGACAAAAAGAGACGGCAGGACAGAUUGUCCACAGGAAAAAAAAAAAAAAGACUCCACACGCUGUCUCCCUCCGCUCACUGCAGCCCAUGAUGACUGGGUCAUAUUACCAUGGGAACAGCAUGACCCCUUACUGUACAUAUAUUUAUAUACAUACAGUAUAUUUAUUUAUUUAUUUCUCUACCCGGUGUGUACAGGACCUCUGACUAUAUGGGACCAUGUGAAUGCUGAUGUAUAGAGUCACAGCAGAGAAGAAGGAGAGAACAAGAAAAUUACACCAGCUCCUCUACGGAUGGGAAUCACCAGGAAAACCACAGCUUUGUGUAUAUUGAAAAAAAAAAAACAAAAACAGGUUUUAAAAUGCCAUGGUUAUGAAUAUGUAUAUUUUCACAUGAUGUGUAAAUGAGGUCCACUUAAAGUUGUUCAAAGUCCAGAAUAAGUAUUAAUGAAACGAUGCAAGUAUGAUUUUGUGUCUAUAUGUUUAAAUCAGAGGUUCAUUUACUAGAUAGGUGAUACGUUCACAAACAAAACACAAGCAGACACCACAGACACACACACACGACAAGGCCUUCCAUCUGGCUCUUUCUCUGUGAGUCUUCCCUCAUUUUACAGGCGAGUCCUAAAUUUGAAGAUCGCUCAAGCCUCAACCCUGAAAAUGACUGUGUUUCAUGUCAUCUCACUGUAAAACACUACUUAGACGCAACCUGCUAAAUUUCCUUAUACACCCUGUCCCAUCAGUCAGUAAUUAGUAGGGAUGUUCUUGGGGGUGGGUGAUUUCCGUGACAUUUGAAAAUGAAAGUUUAAAGAGCAGCAGAAUAAACAUGUCAGAGAGAAUUACACACAUAACCCACCCGCUCAAAGAGGGAUCUUUCAUGUUGCAGCUCUGGCUAAAAGCUGCUGUGACAGCUUCCCUGCAAACUCUGGGCUGGAGACGACUUCUAUACGGCCACAUGAAAUGGCUCGCAUCUUUAUCUCGCAAUGAGACGGAGAAAGAGUGAGAUGGGGGGGCAGAGAGAGUGAGAGGGAACGUGGAUGUGUCAGCUGUGGACUACUGGCACACGCAUAGACAACACCAUAUAUGCAGUAGUCAAACAUGGCCAAGACAAGUGAACAUACACACAUGCAUAAUGGAGCCACAUUACAUGCAAAAUGUUUGAAGAGCUUCCUAAAGCAGCUGUGAAACUAACAGACAUGAAGUGAAAAGAUCCAUUGAGGUCUGAAGCAUUUAUAGUUUCACAUGCAAGUACAAAAUAUGCACAGAAAUGCAAAUGCAAUGAACAAAAAAAUACAGAUUCCAAGAAAUAUGUUUCUCAUCAACACAUACAAACCCCUCCAUAUAGACACACACAUACACACACAAUUACACACAACUCCCUCUAAGCUCUAAGUAAACUUCUGCCAGGAGGAGCCCUGGUGUGUAACGUCGCAGCAGCAGAUUGAGUGUGUUUGAAGUGCAGUGUGAUGAGAGAACUGGUAAACAGCAGAUGAAAAGGCAGCAUCUCUCUGUACGCCGCUGUCUGUCUCACCUGCCAGUGGGGCGAUAACUUCAUCCACAUCACAUGUCGCCAUAUCAAAGACAAACAAAUGCCAAGCAGUGUCUCCGAGUUGCAGGUUCACACGCGCUCAGUUUAACUCAUCUCCCUCACUUAGGGCAUCUGAUUUAGCUCAUCUGAAAGCUAAAUGCCUUUUAAACACCACUGAAGAUUUCAGUGCUAUGGGCUCUGACUCGCCUACGCCCCCUUGAACUUGGCUGACUUUCAGAGCAGUUUGUGACCAGUUACCGCAAACUAGUUCCACCGUAACUUCAAAUACCGAUUAAAAAAAAAAAAAAAAAAAACUUUCAUGCUCUAAUCCACAUUCAUGUUGAGCUCAUUAUUCAGUCUUCCAUAUUUUUUCAAACAGUGUUUUAGAAGAACAAGCGUCACCGUACAGUAUCAGUGCUGUGGGUCCAGCAGUUUCCGUGUUAUCUUAUUGGUGUUUAGCACAUCCCCCUCACCACUUGACCUUGUGACCUCUGUAGAAGAUAAGGCUGAUGAGAUUAGGCAUUAACAUGCUCAAGUACCCACCACAGCCAUCUAUCAUUGUGUGUAUGUGUGUGUCUGUAUGUAUGUAUAUGCGUGUUUGCAGAUAGGAGGUCGCGGGAAUGAGAGUGAGAAAGAGAACGAGAGGGGGUGUGCAAUAACCUCAAAACACUUAGAGUACAUUAAACAAAAACACACAAACAAAUAUGCAUACGUGCAUGCCUGAACAUGAGCAUGUGUCUGCACAUGAGCACGAACAGAUUCGCAUAUAACACUUAGGACAAUCUACAUGAACCGUAAUGUCACUGAACUGAGAGUCCGCCACACACAGUUCUGGUGUAACAGACAUUUUUAUCCCGUGUGAAAAUGUAGAUUAAGCCUGUAAAUUUAUCUGUCUACAAACUGAUGGAUUUUGCUGUGUCUUUCUAUCUUCUGCAACUAAAUGUGAAUCAUUACAUUGUGUGAUUUUACAGUAGUUCUCUGAGAAACAUCUGUGGUGUUUUAGAGUUGCUCUCUACUGCCCAGAGCCAUGGACUUGACUCAGACAAAAUAAUUAAGACUGGGGAUAUCUGCAGUUAUUUAAAAACAUAAUUUAAAAAACCUUAAAGGAAAACGACUAAUUACAGUGGAACUAGUGCUUUGUCAAUAGGGAGCACAGUCAGCAUUUAGAAACUUGAUAACCUCAGAUGAUUUGAGACUUGACUUGGAUUUAUCUUAGACUGACUUGACACUUCACUUUGGCUUUUUCCCAAAUAAUAAGAAACAGCUUUUCUUCUAUUUCUCUGAUUUGGGGAAGGGAGAAGAUGGGCCAGAUGAGAUACACCAAUAAAAAAAUAAAGGCUUAUUCUUAAUGCUAAAAAAAAAAAAAUGACAAGAUCACAGCAAUAUGACAAACCAAAGGAGCAGAUAAAUACUACGGAAGAGCAAUUUUAUGGCCAUUAUGGUAAUACAAAUGCACCUACAACAACAGCCUGCAAUGAGCUGACUAUAGAUGAGCAGCAAUGAGCCUGCACUUAGACUGAGAUCUAACACCACAGCUCUCGAACUGCUCUGGGAACAGACCCAAGUCUUCCUAUCUCAGUAUCGACUCAAUACCUGAGGACCUCAUGGACUCGCAAUAGAAAUGUCCUUGUAUAGUAUUACGCAAUAAUCAGUUGUUGAAAACUCCUUAUUGAGCGUAUUCAAAAGCAAAAAGGGUUUGUGGGGAAGAUGUGAUGUUGUUGAAUUAACAGUAAUGUUACUUUGCCGUGUUCUGUUCUGUGUCUUCAUCAUCUAAGUUGUACUCGGCUUUCUCUGAUCCUAUGCAUGUGACCCUUCAACCCCACCCCACCCCACCCCCAACAUCUGUAGUUAUGACAUUGACCUCUCCCUCUGACCUGGAUGUAAAUAAACCCAGUACUGUAGAGCAGUCUGUUUUUGGCCCAUCCCUGUACAUAACAACUGUGUAAAUACAAACAGCUAUGCAUGCUGAAAACCUAGCAAUUCUUUCAGGUACUUUUAUAAUCCCCAAAUUCUCAUAUGGCAUGCGCUGAAAACACAAAUAAUGUAAAAAAGUAGAAAAAAAUAAAAGAUUAAAAUUACAAAAAAAAAAAAAAAAAAAAAAGUUUAAAGUAAAUGAGUUGAUAAUAUUGUCAGG